AUGCCAUCAUUCGCUGAUUUGACAACUGAGUCUGGCCUCAAGAGCCUCAACGAGUACUUGCAAGACAAGACUUACAUUGUUGGCUUCGUCCCAUCCACUGCUGAUGUCCAGGCCUUCACCAUGGUCGGUGCCACCGCCCCAUGUGCCACCAAGUACCCACACGCCAACAGAUGGUACGUCACCAUCCAGUCUUACUCUGCCACCGAGAGAGCCGCCUUUGAGACUGUCAGCGAGACCGUGACCAUCGUCGCCGCCGCCGCCCCAGCUGCCAAGCCCGCCGCUGACGACGAUGAUGUCGACCUCUUUGGUGAUGAUGAUGAUGCUGAGUACGAGAAGCAGUUGGAGGAGCGCCGCAAGGCUGCCGAGGCCCUGAAGAAGCCAAAGGAGAAGGUCAUUGCCAAGUCCACCAUCAUGCUCGACGUCAAGCCAUGGGAUGACACCACCGAUAUGGCCGAGCUCGAGAAGUGCGUCCGUUCCGUCCAGAUGGACGGUCUCGUCUGGGGUGCCUCCAAGUUGAUCCCAGUCGGCUACGGUAUCAAGAAGCUCUCGAUCAACUGUGUCGUCGUCGACGAGUUGGUGUCCACCGACGUCCUUGAGGAGCAGAUCUGUGGUUUCGAGGACUACGUUCAGAGCAUGGAUGUCACUGCCUUCAACAAGAUCUAA